GUGACGCGGUGGCUGCGGAGGUGUGGGGAGCGGAGCGGGCGGUACGCGAGCGCGCGCUGCGGCAACAUCUCGGGCGCUCUCCCUCAGCGGCCGCUCGGACGCUCUCCCUCAGCGGCCCCUUGGGCGCUCUCCCUCCGCCCUCUGCGGUGAAUGGCGGCGGGAUGGAACGCGAGGGGAGCGGCGGCAGCGGGGCGUCGGCCGGGCUCCUGCAGCAGAUCCUCAGCCUGAAGCUGGUGCCGCGGGUGGGCAACGGGACGCUGUGCCCCAACUCCACCUCGCUCUGCUCCUUCCCAGAGAUGUGGUAUGGUGUGUUCCUGUGGGCACUGGUGUCUUCUCUCUUCUUUCACGUCCCUGCUGGAUUACUGGCCCUCUUCACCCUCAGACAUCACAAAUAUGGUGCAGCAAUUGCUGGAGUGUACCGAGCAGCAGGAAAGGAAAUGAUUCCGUUUGAAGCCCUUACCUUGGGGACUGGACAGACUUUUUGUGUCGUAGUGGUCUCCUUUUUACGGAUUUUAGCUACUCUAUAGCACAUGCCCUUGUGCUAUGAUGGUGAAUCAGUUUUAUAGAAUCCUCAAAAAGAAUACAUUAUGGGAUGUUUUCUCAGUUCUUCAAACCAAACGGUAUGAAGAACAACACUUCAGUCCUUUCUUCAGUUGGAAGUUCCAGGAAUUAAAGAUCUUUUUGGACUCAUUGUUCUCAACCAAAAAAAAAGUCCAGUUUCUUUUCUCCCUGUUUUUUAUAUAUUCACAUCAGGCGGUUUACAGGUGUGCCUUACCCAAGCCGUCAGCAGUGCUUCUGGGUUGGCACCCUUCACUCUGAGAUUUACAGUGUCCUGUGAGAAAAAGGCAGCCUUGCACGUUUCAGAGAAACUGUAGAACAUAGUGGUUUACUUCUGAGCACAGUAAACUGGACUGAAAUCUUACCUGAUCUAAUCUUGAUUAAAAUUUGGCAAACCCUUGCCACAUCUUCAUGACAGUAAGUGCCAAGUAGGUUUUGGUUGAGCAUAACGUUGAGAACAAAUUUGGAGAAAUAAAACACACACAAAACCUAUAACUCAAGUAGUGGCUUCAGUUCCACUAUUUAAAUAAAUAAAAGCUAA